AUGGAUACCACACGAAUCAGAGAUACCAACAUAGGAUCAGCUCGAAAAGAAGAGACGUUCAGUAUAACCUUAGAAAAGGUUACCUUCAUACAGAUUCAACUGGAACGGAACGCUGUUUCUGCUCACGGUGUAGAAUUGUCUUGUGAAAAACUUUUGGAGAAGGGUGACUAUAGGGGAAAUGAAAAUGAAUUAGGUGGUAGCUUUGGCCAAUUUAAGGACCUCCUCUUCCGGGUAUCAGACUCCUCUGAGGCUCAGAUUCGUUUUGUGACAUUGAAGGAUGUUCUCCCACCUCUGGCACAACACAUGCCUUAUGAAGUAGUCAAUCAACAGGCUCUUCAGACAAUUUGUGAUCUAACUCGUGAUAAUCCUACUUGGACAGUUGCUCAUAUCGCUGCAUAUUUAGGAUAUUCAAGAAUUUUUUCUAACUCGACAGUUAUGAGGUUUGCUGACACUGCUGACAUGGAAAUGAAAGCGACGCCAUUACAUAUAGCUAUUAAACGAGGACAUUUAGAUGUGAUAAAGAUAUUAAUGGAAAAAAAUGUGAGUGUUGAUGUGACGGAUGUUAAAGGCAACUCAGUGUAUCAUAUUGCUGCACAGUCAAAUGCAACCAUUAUUCAGCUGGUAACUCAGAAAUCCUCUCGCCUUAUGGACACUCCUAAUGAAGCUGGGAAGACACCUCUUCACUUGGCUUGUGAAGCAGAUAAGCCAGAGUGUGUAAAAGCCUUACUUUGUGCAGGUGCUGAUGUCAAUGUUGCAGCAACACAUGAUUCAGUUCUACCAAUUCACACAGCAAUGGCUGCAAACAGCACACUUUGUGCCAAAGAAAUCAUCGCCAUGUAUCCAAAUCAGCUAAAUGUGAAAGACAUGAAGCACGGAGGAACACCACUACAUUGGGCAACAUCGAGAGAAAUGAUCAAUGCUAUGAGCGAUUAUGGCUGCAGUGUCAAUGCCCGAAACUUUCAUGGCCUUACUGCUCUUCAUAAGAUGGUUGAGCACAAUAGGCUUUCAUGUGUAAUCACACUGUUGACCAGAGGUGCAGAAGUAAAUGUCUGUGACAAUGAUGGCAACACAGCUUUGCACUUAGCCACAUCUCCUGGUGUUCUGCAGGCUCUUCUCGUAUUUGGUGGCAGUACAUCGAUUGUUAAUAAAAAAGGAGAGUCUGUCCGGCAUAUCAUAGCAAGUAGUAGUUUGAGGGAAAAGAACAUUAUGCUGUACAUCCUUCAUGCUGUAGGUGCUCCAAGGUGCAAGACACGGCUUGCAAAUUGCACUGAUGGAUGUUCACCAUCUGGUUCUUUUGAUGGUGUGCCACCUGAGGCUAAUCUGGUUUCCAGAAGCAGAAUUUCAUAUGAUGACAUUCUGGAUGCAGCUACAUUAGGGAGAACAAUAACAGAGAUACAAAGAGAAAUGCACUCACAAGCCCCAGUUGGAUUUACAUCUGUCAAAGGAAGUGGGAGCCCCCGGAGAGGCGGUCGCAUUCUAUGCCUUGAUGGCGGAGGGAUCAAGGGCUUAAUUUUGAUUCAGUUGUUAAUUGCUAUAGAAGAAGCUGCUGGUCAGCCUGUAAUCAAUCUCUUUGAUUGGAUUGCAGGUACAAGUACAGGUGGUAUCCUGGCCCUGGCUUUAGCCUUAGGGAAAACCACACGUUAUACACAGGGACUUUAUUUCCGAAUGAAAGAUCUUGUGUUUGUUGGCCGCAGACCAUAUGAUGAAAAGCCUUUGGAGGAAAUCCUAAAACAAGAGCUUGGAGAACAAACUUUGAUGUCUGAUAUCAAGGGAACCAAUGUAAUGGUAACAGGAGUGUUAGCUGACCGCUUCCCAGCUGACCUCCACCUUUUCCGAAAUUAUAUAAGUGGAGAACAUCUUCUGCAUGCUGAGGGUGCAAGUGCCUUCACACCUACCAAAACACCUGACCAGCAACUUGUAUGGCAUGCAGCUCGAGCAUCAGGAGCAGCUCCUUCUUAUUUCAGAGCUUAUGGAAGGUUUAUUGACGGUGGCCUGAUUUCUAAUAAUCCAACAUUGGACGUGUUGACGGAGAUUGUUGAGUACAAUAUGACACUAAAUGCUCUAGGGAGAGGUUCUGAGGUUGUAAAGCCAUCUGUAGUACUGUCUUUAGGGACUGGUAAACCUCCAGUUUCAAAGGUGGAGGCAAUAGAUUGCUUUAAGCCAGAAAGUUUGUGGGGCACUGUCCAAAUGGCAUUUGGAUUGUCUAAUAUGGCUAAACUUCUCAUUGACCAGGCAACUAUGGCAGACAAUCGCACUGUGGAUCGAGCUCGUGCGUGGUGCUGUUCUUGGGGUGUUCCAUAUCUCAGGUUAUCCCCACAACUCUCCUUAGAUGUACAAUUAGAUGAAACCAAAGAUGAAGUCCUAGUCAAUGCUCUUUGGGAGGCGAUGAUUUACAUAAGAAGUAAAAGAGAACAGAUUCAUCAGAUAGCUGCUCUACUGACACUAGGAUCCCCAUCGCCAGCUUGAAUUAGUUUGCUGCAUAUUUUCUGCUGGUCCUGGCAGUACUGUACUUUUAUAUACUGUGCUUGUGAGGUUCCAUUUGCCAUGCCAUUUCAUUUCAUGAGAGUGAUAAAUGUUUGUUAUAUAUCUAGUCUAGUAGACAGUAGUACUGUAGAAUACAGUGUACUGUGCAUACUCGGUAAUAUGUCUUGUUAAGUAAGUACUGUGCAGCACCAAAAUGUACUACAGGGAUCAGAUAUGUAUUGAUAGUUAACAUAUUUUUUGUAGUGUUUAAACUCAGGACUUACUUAGACAUAAGCUGAAAAUUUUGUUGGGUAAACUCUUUCUUAUUUUUAGACAAAGGAACCUUCUCCAUCCUAUUCAUUCUUUUCACCAUUUUCAGCCGUAGUUAUUU